AUGCGCGCGGCUUUCCCCGCCCACCGCUCGCUAAAGAACGUUAUUGUGAUCACUCUAAGCCCUGCUCCUGCCCCGUCCCAACGAGCAGCCCUGCAGCUCCCGCUGGCCAACGAUGGGGGUAGCCGCUCGCCGUCCUCAGAGAGCUCCCCGCAACACCCCACACCCCCCGCCCGGCCCCGCCACAUGCUGGGGCUCCCAUCAACCCUGNCCUGUCCCCGCAGCAUUGAGAUCGACCAGAAGCUGCAGGAGAUCAUGAAGCAGACGGGCUACCUGACCAUCGGGGGCCAGCGCUACCAGGCAGAAAUCAACGACCUGGAGAACCUGGGCGAGAUGGGCAGCGGCACCUGCGGCCAGGUGUGGAAGAUGCGCUUCCGGAAGACAGGCCACAUCAUCGCCGUCAAGCAAAUGCGGCGCUCGGGGAACAAGGAGGAGAACAAGCGCAUCCUCAUGGACCUGGACGUGGUGCUCAAGAGCCACGACUGUCCCUACAUCGUGCAGUGCUUCGGGACCUUCAUCACCAACACGGACGUCUUCAUCGCCAUGGAGCUCAUGGGCACCUGUGCUGAGAAGCUGAAGAAGCGAAUGCAAGGCCCCAUCCCUGAGCGCAUCCUGGGCAAGAUGACGGUGGCGAUCGUGAAGGCGCUGUACUACCUGAAGGAGAAGCACGGCGUCAUCCACCGCGACGUGAAGCCCUCCAACAUCCUGCUGGACGAGCGGGGCCAGAUCAAGCUCUGCGACUUCGGCAUCAGCGGCCGCCUGGUGGACUCCAAGGCCAAGACGCGGAGUGCCGGCUGCGCCGCCUACAUGGCGCCCGAGCGCAUCGACCCCCCGGACCCCACCAAGCCUGACUACGACAUCCGGGCUGACGUGUGGAGCCUGGGCAUCUCGCUGGUGGAGCUGGCGACGGGACAGUUUCCCUACAAGAACUGCAAGACCGACUUUGAGGUCCUCACCAAAGUCCUACAGGAAGAGCCCCCACUCCUGCCUGGGCACAUGGGUUUCUCGGGGGACUUCCAGUCCUUUGUCAAAGACUGCCUUACUAAAGAUCACAGGAAGAGACCAAAGUAUAAUAAGCUACUUGAACACAGCUUCAUCAAGCGCUACGAGACGCUCGAGGUGGACGUGGCGUCCUGGUUCAAGGAUGUCAUGGCGAAGACCGAGUCGCCGCGGACGAGUGGGGUUCAGAGCCAGCACCACCUGCCCUUCUUCAGGUAGCCUUGAGGCGGGGCCAGCCCCGCAGGGGGCCAGGGGCACGGCCACAGGCCCCCUCCCUACCCGCUGCCCAGCUGCCCGCCAGGGGAGACCUGGGACCUGGACAGCCACCAAGGGCUGAGGACAGAAAGUGUGGGGUGCCCACCCGCCCCCGGGCCCGCCAGGCCCCAGCCCUUCCCGCCC